UAACGCUCAUAUCGUGCCGCGGCGCGAAUACAGUAGCACCUUUUCAUUUGCCGAUAUCAUUCAACAUUCAAAACAAACAUUGCUGAACUCCACUUGUCCGCAUACCAGUGUGUGCCAUAACAUCCGACCAACAAUUGUUGCGUUUAUCGAUAAACUGUUUUGUCGUUUUCAUUUAGUAAUUUUAUCGGGUUUGAUAUACUUUUUGACGUAUUAUUUCCGGUAUCAUUUGCAAUAACACGAUGUCUUUUUUCCGCGGGCUGUGGAAGAGCAGUUCUAAACACAAGAAAUUGUGCGAGGAAUGGGCGUUGGCGAAUAGCAGAGAGUGCGUCGACAACGGGAGCAGCAAAAUUGGCAGCGGAAGUGGAAAUUCACCGAGGCAGGAUGAACAUGACGAAGCGAGUGAGGCGACGUUUACCCUGAAAUAUUUGGGAAGCACGCUGGUGGAGACGCCCUCCAGCGAGGAGGCCACCGCUGAAGCAAUCAAGACGGUCAUUACUAUGGCCAAAGCCAGUGGUAAAAAAUUGCAGCGGGUUGCCUUGGCUGUCAGUUUACGCGGGAUUCGGAUGACCGACUUGGCCACCGAAGAAGAUCAACUUCAAGUCUCGAUAUACAGAAUUUCAUAUUGUUCAGCAGACGCGACCCACGACCACGUUUUCGCGUUCAUAGCAACAAACUUAAACGAAACAAUGGAGUGCCAUGCAUUCCUGUGUCCAAAACGGAAAAUGGCACAAACAGUAACACUGACCGUGGCGCAAGCAUUCAACACGGCUUACGAAGCCUGGCAACAAUCACAAUCAGAUCCAAGGAUUCAUCAUACCUUAGACAAAAGCAGCAAUUCCAGUGGAUUGGCUACUGGCAAUUCAUCCCAUCAAGAUAAAUCAUUAAUGAAAUCAAUUGACGCAGAAAAGCAAGAAAAUGAAAGUAAACAAAAAAACGAAAAGAAUUUACUGAUUGAUUUGUCCAAUGAAAUAAAAUCAACUGAUAAAUCAUGGGUCUGCUUCGAGGAUGACGCGACAACAGAGGUGAAAAAAGUUCCGAAAAAAACGAGCAACAACAGCAUACCAAUGACAACAAUGAGACACGCGAGUAACACAAAUCAUCAUGUUGUGCCGCGGCCAUCACCGGGAUUCAAAGUGCAAAACGCCUGGGGUGAAUCACGAUCUGUCGACCUCAUAUGCUCGUAGCAUACGUAGCCGAAGGCUGACAGCUUCACAGAUGUACCGCUGAUUACUGGUCUCUGGAAGCAUUUGUCUAUCGAUGGCCAAACUAGAGUCGUUAAACCUUCGGAUAAUAAUGAAAAACCGAAUAUUUGUUCUGAUAAGAAAAAAUAGUGUUAAUUACUGAUUAUUAUGAUUUUUUAUUUGAUUUUUAGCCUGUAAGUUUUGUUUUUACGAUCAUAUAUAAUAAUAAUAAUAAUAAUUUCUUUUUUUUUUAAUUUUAAAAUUUUACUGAAUUGAAACAAGACAAUUUUAUAAAUUAAUAAUUUUAAUUAACGUUUUUGUUUAUCAUACUCAUUUGUAAACAUUAAUUCAUCAAUUUGUGGUAUGUUUUAUAUUAAUAACAAAAUAAUUAAUUCAUUAAUUAAAUAAUAAGUGUAAGAUUAUUAUUGAUUAUUCAAUGGAUAUCCGAGAGAGAAAAAAAGUGACUAAACUGUUUAAACAAUCAAAAAAUUUAUUGAAGAUCAAGAAAUAAAAUGAAAUUUUAUAAGAUCUGCAAAGUUUAGAUUUCUGUAAAAUAAAAUUAUUCUUCUCGGGUAUUCAUAUCUAAAAUAAUCGGUGGUGAUUGUACCGAUAGAAAUAUAGGUAAAUAUCUGCAACAGCGACCAUAGAUUCAGGGUUGG